AUGUCGGAUAACCUAAGCCUACAAGACAAGAUUGCCAUUGUAACUGGCUCCGGCCGUGAGAAUGGCAUUGGUGCCGGUAUCGCCCUCGCCCUCGCCCUCGCUCGCAACGGCGCUUCUGUGGUUAUCCACUACGUUUCAGAUUCUGUCAAGGAGCGCGCCGCGCAGGUCUGCGAGACUCUCUGCAAUGCCGGUAGUCGAGCUAUUGCAGUGCAGGUCGCGCUCGAUACUAUUGAAGGCGCCAAACAUCUGGUUGGCGAGACACUUGAAGGCUUCAACACGGAUCAUAUUGACAUCCUGGUGAACAACGCCGGCGUGGUCUACUUUUGCCCCAUCACGGACGAGGUGAACACGAAGCAGCUCUCUGAUGUAUUUCAGAUCAAUGUGCUUGGCCCGUUUUACAUGGUGCACGCGGUGCUCCCGUAUAUGCCCCGCGGCGGCCGCAUUAUCAAUAUUAGUUCCACAAACUCCAAGAGAGGCAACGUCAACAUCUCUAGCUAUGCCGCAUCCAAAGCUGCGCUAGACAGCUUGACCUGGUCUUGGGCCGGCGAGACCGAAGUCGACCUGACGCGGGCCGAGCACCGCGCCGGGACGGCGGCUGAUGUCGGCGACGCUGUCCUGCUGCUGGUGAAUGAAAAGUCGAGAUGGAUCACGGGCCAGUACAUUUCUGUGAGCGGCGAAGUUACGUACUGA